AAUACUUCCUGUUAUCCGUUCAUUGAGAUACAUUUGACAUGAAAGAAAGGGUAAAGGAUAGCAUUUACAUUUUUUUAAAUAUCCGAGACAGUCUUAUUACGUAGUCAAAGCCUUAGAUUUCAGUUUUGUUGGCUUUUGUGUUACAUGCCAUUGUAAGAUCUCUGAAUGUGUGAUAAGGAAGGAAACAGCAGAGAUAUAGUCUGUUUUUGAAGUCUGGAUGCACAAGCUUGAUCAUUAAGUAAUAAGCAUUGAACUGGACAAUGAAACAAGAGUACCAGGAUCUUGUCCUGCAGGCGUGUGGUGCCUCAUCUCUGCGUGUUGGUGCAAAGAUCCAGAGCCUGUGGAGUGAUUAUGGGGAGAUAGUCAGACUGCACCUGGAGGGCUGCGACCGACCCUCUGUUGUUGUCAAACAUGUCAAAUUUCCAGAAGAGGCAGAGCACCCUGGCGGUUGGAACACAGAUCGCUCCCACAGGCGUAAAGUGAGAUCUUAUCAGGUGGAGACACACUGGUACCAGAACUAUUCCACCAAUCAGAGCUGCCGCAUCCCUGCCUGCCUGGCUGCCUGUUCCUAUGGAGAUGAGAUGCUCAUUGUGCUGGAGGAUCUGGAUGUGGCCGGUUACGAUCAGAGAAGGACUAGUGUGAAGGAUAGGGAGAUAAGGACUUGCAUCAGCUGGCUUGCCCACUUCCAUGCUCUGUUCCUGGGUGUGACACCAGAGGGCCUGUGGCCUGUUGGUACUUACUGGCACCUGGAGACCCGGCCAGAUGAGCUGGAGGCCAUGGAUGAUGCAGAUCUAAAAGCAGCAGCUGGUGACAUUGACAGGAUGCUCAACGAAUGCUGCUUUAAGACCAUCGUGCAUGGAGACGCCAAGUUAGCCAACUUCUGUUUUUCCCGGACUGAUCAGGAUGUGGCAGCUGUAGACUUUCAGUAUGUCGGCGGGGGCUGUGGGAUGAAAGAUGUUGUGUAUUUUCUAGACAGCUGCAUGGAGGAGAAGGAGUGUGAAAAGAGGGUUCCUGGCCUACUGGACUACUAUUUCACAGAAUUAAAAUUAUCUGUGAAAAAAGAUGUGGACUUUGCCGCCCUAGAGAAAGAGUGGAGGGAGAUGUUUGCAUUUGCCUGGACAGACUUCCAUCGUUUUCUGCUGGGAUGGAUGCCUGGACACUGGAAAAUCAAUCGCUACUCUAAACAACUGACUAAGGAGGUUCUGCACAAACUGAAACUGAAAUCAGAACCAAAAACUUCUAACUUCAGACAACUAGAGAAGUGAGUGUAUGGCUGAAAGGUGGUCCACUUGAACCUGCAUGUGUAUAUGGAAAAAUGACUUGCCCACAAACACUCAGUUAAAUCCUUUCCUCAGCAGUGUACAGUGUACAGUGAAGCAUGCUUACAUAUCAAACCAUUCCUGAAUAAAUAAAGGUUUUUGAA